ACAAAAAAUGUGAUACGUCUGCAUUUCUGCUUCCUAUAUUAUUGUUUUCUUUUUGUGUUAAUUUUAAUGUUUUUCUACCUCCAAAAAACCGGCUCGACAAUUUAUUCAUUAGAUAUAAAUGAAAGUAUACAACAGUAGCGUUAUCGUGUUAACUAGUCCUUUAAAAGUUUUGGCGAGCUUUUGAACGGUAUCAAUGAAAAGUUAUUUGUGUGUUUAAAUAGUCACAAACCAUGGGAUCGACCUCGGUUCUAACUCUGCUGACUGUCCUGAGUGUGUUCACUGCACUGUUUGCAGUGAUAUUCCAGGCUUAUCUAGCAUCAAACGACUUGAUGAAGCUAACUACCAUAUUACAGAAUAUGAAGACAUUAGAAAACCAGAUCCCAAGCCACAAAGCACGAGUCGCAAUCGGGUAUGGAUCCUGUAGCGAUCUCUAUGUUAAGGCAGUUGAUUUCCUGAAUUUCACCGAGAGCCUUGAAAAUGCGUUGAGCCAAGGAACGUACAACGUGGAUGACAUUAAUACCGAGGACGAGUUUCUGCAGAGCUUCGCGUAUUAUUUCCAAAGGGGUGCUGCCGCUGAGCGCUUCACUUCCAACAAGGAAUUGUUUCAGAAUUUGGUGAGAUUAGCUAAAAAAUCUAGCACAGCUGAACCGCGAUGGGCUUUGGGAGGCAACGCUCCGGUCAUUGGUUCUCGAUUGGCCAUGGAGGGUGCUGAGGUGAUGCUGGCCGCCAAAAUGUCAUCGAAACUGAAGAGUCAUCUUAGGCCUGAUGUUCGAUUGGUCGGUAGUUCGAUUGACGACGAUGAUAUUCAUUUGAUUCUUGAAUACAAAACUGGUGAUGAGUGGGGAACUCUGAAGUCCCCGCGAGCAAAUCGAUAUAUUCUGCACAAUGAUCAUAACAAUCCUUUCAUCAAUUCACUCGAGGAAUUCGAACUGGCACUGCCAGAAUUCAACCCGCAUUUGUUUGUGGUAAGUGGUCUACAGAUGAUGGAUAACUAUGUUUAUCAACCGGGCGUUCGAGAAAGUCGAAUCGAAAAAGUUCGCGCACAAAUGCAAUCGCAGCCUUCGGAUACUUUGGUGCAUUUCGAAAUGGCGAGUUUUGUUGAACUUGAGUUAUUUCAGUUACUUUUGAAGGAUGUCAUUCCAUACAGCGACUCGCUAGGUAUGAAUGAACAGGAACUGGACAACCUUCAACAAGUCCUUGAAACGGGCAAAAUAAGUCUUGUCGCUGACUGCAAUCCACGCGUGGCGCUGUCUCUCGACCAGUUGAGAGCAGUUAUCAGGAUACUCAACAAUGAUUACUAUAUGAAGCGGGAUGCCGAUCCAAACCGUCGGAUGUUAUCACGGAUUCAUUUGCACACGCUAGCGUACCAAGCGAUUGUUACCGCGAAAGGCACAUCGUGGAAUAAUACGAAAAAUGCCGCAGCAAAGGCUUCUCUAACCGCUCAUCGUCACGUCUGUGCGAGCUCGAUUGUAAAUCCAGAUGCGGCGUACAGAUUACUCGACGAUAGCUUCGCCACGUCCACGCUCGAAGGAGCUAGGAGGAUUCCAUUUUCAAAGGAGGAUCCAGUUUCCUGUUGGAACGAAACCAUUCCAGUGAACAAUCAACAUCAGCUGGAGGUGGAGAUCUGUGUGGCUCCUGUACUGAUAUGUAAGGUGGCAAAGCAGACGGCUGGCGCUGGCGACAACAUCUCCGGUGCGGGGCUUGUUCUACAAAUUUGAUCGUAGCACUGCGAUAAACUCUUGUUAUAACAUUCUGCAUUUAAAAACUUGGUUGUAAAGAUUUCCUAAAGAUUUUAUGAAAAUUCAAGACUAAUGUAACAAAUCUAGCUACAGCACUGUAUACAGAAGGCUUUCUCAGCAUAUCACAGUUUCGACUGUGGAUGCAAGAAUGUCUAUAUUUUACAUAUUCCGACCUUUUUUAGAUGUAAAUAUUUUUUCCUCAAUUUUUUUUUAUGAAAGUUAAUGACUAAACAUUCCUGUUAUUUUCCUAUUUUGUCGACAAAUAUAUACAAAGAAAAACG